CUGUUGGAAGGUGGCGAGCCGGUGCCCAUCCCAAACCAGGAGGGCGCCCUGACGACGCCAUCUGUGGUGGCCUUUGGCGCCGACGGCAGCGUGCUGGUGGGCGCUGCAGCCAAGCGGCAGGCGGCCCUCAACCCCAAGAACACAUUCCACUCAGUGAAGCGGCUGAUUGGCAAGGAGUACGAGGAUGUGGAGCAGGAUGUGCGGCAGCUGGCAUAUGGCGAGGUGUCUGGCUACGUCUUGGCCAAGCUCGUGGCUGCGGCGGAAGAGUUCAGCGGGCGGCCCGUCAGCAAAGCCGUCAUAUCUGUGCCAGCAUACUUCACGGAUGCACAGCGGGAGGCCACCGUCACCGCUGGCAGAAUAGCGGGGCUGGACACCGUGCGCAUCAUCAGGGAGCCGGUGGCGGCGGCGCUGGCGUACGGCCUGGAUGCUCAGGAGGACCAGACUGUGCUGGUGUUUGACCUGGGGGGAGGCACAUUUGACGUCAGCCUGCUGGAGGUGGGCGGCGGCGUGAUUGAGGUGCUGUCCACUGGCGGCGAUGCCAGCCUGGGGGGCGACGACUGGGAUGCUGCCAUCAUGCAGUGGCUGGUGGACUCCCACCUCAAGCCCGCACGGGUGGACGUGAGGGACCCUCGCCUGGUGGCCAACCUGCGUGCAGUUGCUGAGGCAGCCAAGAUCAAGCUGAGCAGCGAGGAGCGGGUGGUGGUGCGCAUGCCGGUGGGCGGCGGCAUCGAGGCCGUCCUGACGCGGCAGAUGUUUGAGAGCCUCACCAUUGACCUGUUCCGGCGGGCGCGGCUGCCGCUGGACCAGGCCUGCUGGCAGGUGGGUGUGCUGACAGUGCCUGCUACCGUGCUGCUGGUGGGCGGCGCCACGCGCAUGCCCGCCAUCCGCCGCUUUGUGCGCAACAUGACGGGGCUGGACCCUGCCGAGUUUGUGGUCGAUCCAGACCUGGCGGUGGCGGCGGGCGCGGCGGUGCAGGCUGGCAUCUACGACGGCCAGGUGUGUGGGGGCGGGGUGGGGGCCUGCUGUCCGGCUUGCCUUGUUUGCUGUUGUUCGCUUCCGGUUCUCGGUCAAGCCGCCCUGAUUCUUCUCUGGGCGGCAAACCGACUACUCUGGCGUGUGUUGGGACGUGGCUCCGCCCGCCUCGCAGGUGUCUGA